AUGAAGCGAACAGCAAUGAAUAUUUUGUGAAAGAAUAAGUUUUAUGGAAGAAAACGAUCCAAAAAAUUUUAGAGUUGUCGAAGAGUCUGAAGAUGAGAUUUACGAGAAGAUAAAAGAAUUGAGGACUUGUCUUACCGAUGCCAUCGAGGAAAAUGACCGAGAAGCCGAAGCGGACGCCUUGAGUUUUCUUGGCCUUGCCUAUUAUAAACUGGGAAAUUAUGCAACUUCGAAGGAAUACCAUGGAAAACAUCUCUCCUUAUCACAAGAAUUAAAGGAUGAAAAGGGCGAGAGAAGAGCCCAAAGUAACCUAGGAUGUUUGUAUAAAAUUACUGGUGACUUAGAAACGGCGAAAGAGCAUUUUAUAGCAGCUUUGAACAUAGCGAAGGAACGAGACGAAAAGCGACCGUUGGCAAAGAUCUAUAAUAAUCUUGGAAACAUUUAUGAGCUUGAAACGAACUACGAAGAAGCGCUUAACUGCAACAAGGAGAGGCUUGCGGUUGCCAAGGAGCUAAAUGACCAAAAUGGCAUUGGAAAGGCAUUGGCGAAUUUGGGAAAUUUAAAUCACGUGGUUGGAAAUCUUAAAGAUAGUAUCACAUAUUAUGAAGAAAUGCUCGACAUACUGAGAGCCAAACUUAGAAUCCUUGACACUCUAGCUGAAGAGGAAGAAUCAAACUCAGAAAAUGAAGACGAUUUUGUUGACAUCGAUAUGGUGGCGCUACAAGUUGCCGCGGACGUAAAACAAAAAAUGGAGGAUCAAAGACGUGAGGAAGAGCAGGCGCAAGGAGCCGUCAAAAAGAAAAGAAAAUUUAAAAAUCCUUUCAAAAGGAGACCAAAAACACGUGAAGAAAAGAUUGAAGCAUGGUUAGAAAACUAACCAUGAUUUUUUUUUCUUCGUAAAUUUGUA